GGCGUUUAAUGGUUACCGCCCAAUUUACCAUGGCGCUACCGUCGAUAGAGAUUUGUUUCUUUUUCCAGUUCUCAGCAACCGAAGCGACGACCAAGAGGUGAAAGCCGAGCAUGUCACCACCGACAUUCGACAAGGGCAUCGGGCCUGAAUCGGUUACGGUCCAAGAGAAUGUGGCUCCGCAGACGACUGCAACAUCCGCAGGGGCCGACAAGGGUUCUCACGAUGCCCUCAACAGUCAUGAAGAGGCCGGGGUUGGCAGAGUAGAAGCCUUCAACAAGGCGAUGUACCGGUCCGGGAAAACGGGCAAGGUCUUGCUCUGGCUGCUGGGGAUCUCAAUCUGGUUGACCAUGUUUGCGUACGCCCUCGACAUGGGCAUCACCACCAGCAUUUUUGGCACCCUGGCCACCUCGACCUUUGGUCUGCACAGCCAGCUCGGCGCCGUCAAUACUGCCAGUCAAACCAUCCGUGCCAUUAGCAAACCAUUUAUUGGAAAGCUGGCCGACAUCACCUCGCGGCCAACGACCUAUAUCACCAUUCUAGCGUUUUACGCCGUGGGGUUUGCUGUUGCCGCGAGCGCCAAAAGCUUCGCGUCGUAUACAGUCGGUAUCUGCUUCACCUCGAUUGGCAAGUCGGGUCUCGACCUCCUCAGCGACAUCAUUGUUGCCGACUUGACUCCUCUGGAAUGGCGUGGCUUUUUCAGUGCGUGCCUUUCCCUCCCCUUUGUCGUCACGGUGCCCAUCAACGGUUUCAUUGUCGAGGGCUUCUCCGACAACUGGAGAUGGGGUCUAGGUAUGUUCGCCAUCCUCGUGCCAGCUCUUCUCGUGCCCGCCAUUAUUACUUUAUACGCGAUGCAGCGCCGUGGCGAGAAAGCAGGCAUGGUCACCUUGGCCGACUCAAAGGAUGUUCGCACUGGCGCCGCCGAGAAUACGCCCAAGAGCUUUAAAUACUGGGCAAAGCUGGCCUUCCAGGGUUUCAUCGAAAUUGACAUUAUUGGUCUCAUCAUCCUUGGCUUCGCCUUCUCCCUGAUCCUCUUGCCCUUCAGCCUGGCUGAAGAUUCCGACGGCGGUUGGGCCAACCCGAGCAUGAUUGCCAUGAUAACUGUCGGAUUCGUUUGUCUCAUCAUCUUCAUUGCCUUUGAGGUAUUCAUCGCGCCCAAACCCAUCAUGACCAAGCGAGUGAUCAAUAACCGAGCUUUCGUUGCCGGCGUGAUCAUUCACACCUUCAACCAGAUGGCCUCGUCUGUCCGCAACACUUACUUCUCAUCCUAUGUCUACAUCAUCAAGGAUUGGACUAAUUACCAGUGGACCAUCUUCCUGGGUGUCACGACCAUGGGGCUCUCCCUGAUCGGUCCCUUUGUAGGCUUGAUUCAUCGAGCCUCUCAUCGCUACAAGAGCGUCAUGGUGUUCGGUGGCGCAGCCAAACUGGUUGGCUACGCCAUCCUGGUCCAAUCCAACGGCAUUAUGACCCAGGAUACUGCGCGCCUUGUUGCUUCGCAACUCAUCUUCUGCCUCUCCUCGCUGAACGUCGUCGGUGCCCGCGUUGGCGUCCAGGCAUCUGUCCCCCAUGAGGACGUGGCAUCUUUGAUCUCCAUCAUCUCUCUGUGGUCUACCCUAGGAUCGAGUACCGGAAGCGCCGUCGCUUCUGCCAUCUGGACUAACCAGAUGCUCAAACAGAUGUACAAAGAGCUGCCUGACGUGCCCGCCGAUACCGUCACUGAGAUUUACGGUGAUAUCAAAGCUCUCCGCACGGGCUAUGAUUUCCUAGACCCAAUUCGCCAAGGCUCCAUCCGUGCCUAUGCCAUUGUCAAUGGAAACAUCACCGUUGCUUCUAUCUGCCUCGCCGCCGUUCCGUUCAUUGCCUCUUUCUUCAUGCCUAACUACUAUCUCGGCAGACAGCAAAAUGCCAUCAACAACAGAGGUGUGGAUGGGGAGGUUGUGGAUGUACCAGAUAAGCAUGAACAUAGGCAAGGGGAACAACGUGAAUCUAUGUCACUAUGGCAAAGAGUGUUUGCUUUGUACCGCAGGUAAAUUUACAUUCUUAAGGUGCGGCCCACAUUUGCAGAGUUCACUAUACUCGUUAUAUCAGAUAUUUUCGUGGGGAGAAUGUGGAGGCAGCAUGUUGGCCGAUCAAGUAGGCAAUUCAGCAUACAUGACCCCGAUCACCUGUUUCUUUAGCUAAAUAAAAUCAGUAGCUGGGAUUUCCCGCCACGCGUCAUCAGCCACGCGUACCCAAAAUACCCAAAGUUGGCAGACGCAUCGAACUAGCGGUGUUCAAAUGUAGGCAUCCAAUUGACAAUGUUAAAAAACAUAAAGACUAAAUACAUAAACCGAGAAACCAACUCAUGAAUGGAUGGAGUAGAAGUCGUAAACGAAGGGAGGUAGGUAGGCAGGUAGGAAGGUAGGUGUAUUAUACACGCCCGGGGCCGCG